CAGACAAACUAACACACCCACAAUCCAAAUCAAAGCAAAAAAAAAACUUAGAGAGUUUCUCAUGGCUUCAGAGACAAUCCAACAAUUUAAUCCUCCUCUUCACUUUGUUCUCUUCCCUUUCAUGGCUCAGGGCCACAUGAUUCCCAUGGUUGAUAUUGCAAGGCUCUUAGCUCAGCGCGGUGUGACCAUAACAAUUGUCACGACGCCUCACAACGCAGACCGGUUCAAGAACGUUCUUAACCGGGCCAUACAGUCUGGUUUGCCCAUCAAUCUGUUGCAGGUGAAGUUUCCAUCGCAAGAAUCGGCUUCAUCAGAAGGACAUGAGAAUCUGGACUUGCUCGACUCAUUGGCGUCCUCAAUGUCUUUCUUCAAAGCGCUUAGCAUGUUCGAGGAACCGGUCGAGAAGCUCUUAAAAGAGAUUGAACCUAGGCCAAGCUGCAUAAUCGCCGACAUGUGUUUGCCUUACACAAACAGAAUCGCCAACAAAUUUGGUAUACCAAAGAUCAUCUUUCAUGGCAUGUGUUGCUUCAAUCUUCUUUGUAUGCACAUUAUGCGCCAAAACUUGGAGUUAUGGGAAAGUAUAGAGUCUGAUAAGGAGUACUUUCCUAUUCCAAAUUUUCCUGACAGAGCUGAGUUCACAAAAGCUCAGCUUCCAAUGAUCGUUUGUGGUGGUGGAGAUUGGAAAGAGUUUCUUGAUGAAACGACAGAAGGGGAUAACACUUCUUAUGGUGUGAUUGUCAACACAUUUGAAGAGCUCGAGCCAGCUUAUGUUAGAGACUACAAAAAGGCUAGGGCAGGUAAGGUAUGGAGCAUCGGGCCAGUUUCCUUGUGCAACAAGGUAGGAGUAGACAAAGCUGAGAGGGGAAGCAAGGCCGCUAUUGAUCAAGAUGAGUGUAUUAAAUGGCUUGAUUCUAAGAAGGAAGGCUCGGUCCUCUAUGUUUGCCUUGGAAGUAUAUGCAAUCUUCCUCUGUCUCAGCUCAAAGAGCUUGGGCUAGGCCUUGAGGAAUCUCAAAGACCUUUCAUUUGGGUCAUAAGAGGUUGGGAUAAGUAUAACGAGUUAGUUGAAUGGAUCUCAGAGAGUGGCUUUAAAGAAAGAACCAAAGAAAGAGGCCUUCUCAUAAGAGGAUGGUCGCCUCAAAUGCUUAUCCUUUCACACCAUGCCGUUGGAGGAUUCUUGACACAUUGUGGAUGGAACUCUACUCUUGAAGGAAUCACAUCAGGCGUUCCAUUGCUCACAUGGCCGCUUUUUGGAGAUCAGUUCUGCAACGCGAAAUUAGCGGUGCAGGUACUUAAAGUUGGUGUGAGCGCCGGUGUUGAAGAGCCUAUGAGAUGGGGAGAAGAGGAGAAAAUAGGAGUUUUGGUGGAUAAAGAAGGAGUGAAGAAGGCUGUGGAAGAAUUGAUGGGUGAUAGUAAUGAUGCUAAGGAGAGAAGAGAAAGAGUCAAAGAGCUUGGAGAAUUAGCUCACAAGGCUGUGGAGGAGGGAGGCUCUUCUCAUUCUAAUAUCACAGUCCUCUUAGAAGACAUAAUGCAACAAGUACAAACCAAGAAUUGAUUAUAUAUCGGGUGCUCUUAGAUCAUUCUUCAUGUUUUUUUUGUGUAACGUUUCAAAAUUCCAAUAUUACCUUUUAUUUAAGCUAA